AUGGAAGAAGCACAGAUCAAGCGAAGGUGGCAGACAUACUUCCAUGAACUCUUGAACGAAGAGGGGGAUAGGAACAUUAUGCUGGGCGAUUUGGAGCACUCCAAGAGUCGUUGUGAUUUUAGGACUUUCGACUACGAAAAGCCAUCCAUCUUGUUAGCAGGUUGGUGGAAUAGUACAAGGAUAGGAAGAAAGAUUUGCUUUAUUGACCUAAAUAAAGUGUACGACAAGGUUCCUAGAGAGGUUCUUUGGCGAUGCUUGGAGGCUAGAGGUGUCCCUAUAGCAUAUAUUAGAGUGACUAAGGACACGUAUGAUGGAGCUAAGACUCAGGUGAGGACAAUGGGAGGAGACUCAGAACAUUUUUCGGUUGGGAUGGGGUUGCACCAAGGAUCUGCGCCCAGCCCAUUCUUAUUUUCUUUGGCGAUGAAUACGCUGAUGCAUCAUAUUCAAAUGGAGGUGCCAUGGUGUAAGUUAUUCGCUGACAACAUAUUGCUGAUUGAUGAGACGCAAUGCAGUGUAAACGACAAGUUAGAGGUUUAG